UAUCGACGCCAAUGCCACCGCGCCCCUUUGGGAACGACGCGCUAUGGCGAUGUCUCUGUCCGAGAUUCCCGUCGAACCCUUCUAUUUUAAUCGCAGCAAGGACAGGAGCUAGCGUCCAGCAGCGCCUUGCGCCUCGGAAGCAUCUCGUCACACUACGGCCAGGCCAUCAAUCGCGCGCAUACAACACCUCGAACGACCCCUUCCAGUCCAGUGAUGCUUUUUCCUUCCAAAGAGUUGCAGUCACGGGCCACCACGCCCACCGAAAGCCGUCCCGAGAGCCGUCCCGAAGCCCGAGAGGCAAGCCUCUCCUCGCACAAGUCCCAACAUACAACCUUUACGAGCUUGUACGUGCUGAGGGGGAAAGUGGCCACUUUGAAGAUGUGAUGAACAUUUGCAGAGUCUUGGUCCAGGAUAGGGGAGAGCUACCCAACAAAGUAAUGUACACGGCAAUCUUGCAUAGCUUUGUUAGCUCUAGCAAUGGCACACCGGGAAAGGUGCGCAAGGUGCUCGAGGAGAUGGGCUUCUUUGGAGACAUCAAGACAUCUUUGAGCGGGCAGCCCAAGAUCGAGCUGGAUGCGCGAGGGUGCGAGUGUGUAUUGGAAGUCCUCGCGGUCCACCCCGAUUACCUCCUCCGCACAGAGAUUCUCGAGUACAUGAAGUCGCGGUGGUUUCCGCUGUCCGCCCGCGGACAAAACUUUGUCGUUGCAGGAACACUGCGCGAGCGCCACUUUGAACACGCACUGGAGAUGCUGGAAGACAUGGUCAAGAACGAGGUCCGAGUAGAGAACUGGCUCUUCGACAAAGCCAUAUGGAUACUUUUGGAGUUUGGAGAGAUAGAGGAGGCAUUUCAUGUGCUGAGUCUCAAAGAAGGCGUCCAGAGUAAAGCUGGGACAGGUACCGUGCAGCUCAGUGUUGCUCUGUGGGGAGCAUUGCUAGAUGCUGCAGGGCAGAGACAAUUGCACGAAGCCGCGAGGAUGGUAUGGGUGACGCAAGUCCAGCCAGGCUAUCUGAGGCCAGUGACCGGUACCUGUCUCUCUGUCCUCGCUCUUGCCGCACGCAAUGGAGACGUCGAACUAGCCACGGAUGUCUUUCGUGUACUCACCGAGCGCGAAACUACCUUCACUACCCAUCACUACGAGCUUCUCGUCGCCACAUACCUCAAUGCCGACGACCUCUCUGCUGCCUUAUCGGUCAUCCUCAUCAUGGCCGAUGCCCGUCUCAAAGUAGACGCAGGAACAUGCAACCCGCUGUAUCGGUAUUUGAGCACUGAAACGUCAGAAGAGGGAAGCCGACCGAUGCACGCCUUCAGCCUGCUACAGGAGUUCGAGGCUGCGGGGCGCAAAGUGCCCACCGCCCCAGUCAACGCCUGUAUUCAAGCCAGCAUUGCCCGCGACCGUUUCGAAGAAGCCAUCGAGAUGUAUAAAGCUCUGCACACCGUCUCGCACGCCGGCCCUAAUACACAAACCUUUAAUGAAUUGUUCAGGGGCUGCCAUCUCACUGCUCGUAAGGAUCUGGCCAUGUUCCUCACAAAUGAGAUGAUGGAGCUUGGACUCAAGCCAGAUGUGAUUACGUACGACCGACUCAUUUUGGUAUGUGUAACCUCAGGCGACCUGGAGGAUGCAUUGCAAUAUUACAAGGAGAUGAGAACAGUUGACGCAAGGGGUAGCGGCAAGGGACCUAUGCAGCCUAGGCCGGGUACGUGGGAACGGUUGAUUCACGAAUGCGUGGUGCAGGGUGACGAGAGGGCCGUCGCCUUGGUGGAAGACUACAAAGCCGGCGUUGACGAGCCCCGCAGGCACGUUGUAAAAGCGGUUGUCGAUCGUUUUGAAUACGGGAUGCUGCCAAUUGGGGUCGAAGGUGCACAGACGCAGUCGGGUCAUGUCGGAAACGAGGUUGUAAAUGCGACUUCGACUGAGAGCGCGAUGACUAAAGACAUGAACGGAACUGAGUCGGCAUCGGAGAAGGCAACGGAGGUGGAGUCUACAGGUUCGAAGCCAGGGAAUUAAACCCUUCAGCGCUUCGACGAUGGGAUAGCAGCAACGCCAGUAGAGAUGUACACAAGUACGAGAAAGUACUCAUGACAAUAAACACAAACUUUACAAAGCCAGAG